UCUUUCUGGGGUCAUGCGAUCCUCCCAACGUGGAUCCAUAAAUGAAUGGUGGGCUCGACGGCCACACCAUGCAGGACUGGUCCCUGAUUGGUUCGGUGCACGGCAGGAAUAAACACGCUCAGGGUAUAUAUAUUGGUGUGAAGGUGUGACACUUCCAAGAAACGAGAAGCCUCCAAGAUAAUAAAGAAGAGCUGCUGUUAAACGUUAGAUUUUUCAGCUUUAUAAAACACACACACAUCUACAAAUUUGAGGAUGAGGGCGCAGAUCCAAAAGGUUCCUCAGAUUGUUGAGCUGCUGAAGAAGAAGUCUGUAGGUCUGCAGCACUUCAAACCAACAUCCUCAGUGUGCGUCCUGGAGGAGAAGGAUGCUGUGGAGGCUGUGCGAUGCCCUCACGCUGCCUCCAGAGCGCACAGUCUGGACGCGAUCCCGGGACCCACCAACUGGCCUCUCGUCGGCAGUCUGGUUGAACUCCUCCGGAAAGGAGGCCUGACAAGACAACACGAAGCACUGGUCGAUUAUCAUAAGAAAUUCGGCAAGAUUUUUCGGUUGAAACUUGGCUCUUUUGAGUCGGUGCACAUUGGCGCACCUUGCUUGCUGGAGGCGCUCUACAGGAAGGAGGGAAGUUACCCUCAGAGACUGGAGAUCAAACCCUGGACAGCAUACAGAGACCUGAGAGACGAGGCGUACGGACUCCUCAUCCUGGAGGGGAAAGACUGGCAGAGAGUUAGGAGCGCUUUUCAGCAGAAACUCAUGAAGCCGACAGAGGUGGUGAAGCUUGACCGUAAGAUUAACGAGGUGUUGGUAGACUUCGUUGGCAGAAUUGAAAAAAUGAACGUCGGUGGAAAGAUUGAAGACUUGUACUUCGAGCUGAAUAAAUGGUCGUUUGAGACCAUUUGCCUGGUCCUCUAUGACAAGAGAUUUGGUCUUCUGCAAGAGAAAGUCAACGAGGAAGCCAUGAACUUCAUCACAGCUGUGAAAACAAUGAUGAGCACAUUUGGCAUGAUGAUGGUCACACCGGUGGAGCUCCACAAGAAACUCAACACCAAGACAUGGCAGGACCACACUGCAGCGUGGGAUCGCAUUUUCAGCACAGCCAAAGUCUACAUAGACAAGAAGCUGAAGAGGAACGCAGUUCGAGCUCCUGACGACUUAAUCGGUGACAUCUUACACCACAGCUGUCUCUCCAAGAAGGAGCUGUACGCAGCCAUCACAGAGCUACAGAUUGGAGGAGUUGAGACGACUGCCAACAGUAUGCUGUGGGCUAUUUUCAACCUGUCACGUAACCCCGGCGCCCAGAGGAAGCUGCUGGAGGAGAUUAGAGAAGUAGUGGCUCCCGACCAGGACCCAUGUGGAGAGCACAUCAAGAGCAUGCCCUACCUCAAGGCCUGCCUCAAGGAGUCUAUGAGGUUAUCUCCAUCAGUCCCAUUCACCAGCAGGACCCUGGACAAAGACACUGUGUUGGGAGAUUAUGCCAUUCCCAAAGGAACAGUUUUAAUGAUAAACAGCCAUGUGCUGGGCUCCAAUGAGGAGUACUUUGACGAUGGGAAGCGGUUUAAACCUGAGCGCUGGCUGCGGGAGAACGGCACCAUCAACCCUUUUGCUCACGUUCCCUUCGGCAUCGGAAAGAGGAUGUGCAUCGGCCGACGGCUGGCAGAGCUGCAGCUCCAGCUGGCCAUGUGCUGGUUGGUCAGAGACUAUGAGAUUGUGGCAACAGAUAAUGAGCCGCUCGAUGUGAUCCAUUCAGGACUUUUGGUUCCCAACAGAGAACUGCCUGUUGCCUUCAUCAGGAGAUAAGGCUCCAUAUUCAACACAGAUGGAAAAGUGAUACCUCUGUUACCACGGCCCUGAUGGUCCAGUGACUCCCUGUAUUGCUGCUAAAAAGAAAAGAAUUUAUUAUACAUGUAAUCCUGCCAUAAAUACCUCAAUACCUCUUAUUUAAAAUAUUACUUAGAAGUGUUAAUGACUGACCAAAUACCAGUUGUUAUGUACACACUGAAUGUUGUACCAAGGCAGCUGUCCUUAAAUCUUAAUGUAAUGUCGUCACCUCGAUACGUUUGUGUAAAUGUCAAACUAUUAUUUUUUGCUUUUUCUUGUUUAAUACAUAUACAUAUAUGUAUAGGUCACACAUGUUUAUUUUUCAUGGUGUAUAUAAAGUGCAAUUAUAAUAUUGUAAUACUUUGCAUUGUGUUAUUUAGAGACAUAUUUUAUUCACCGAAAUAAAUACAUUAAUAAAUG